AUGGCUUCUGAUUUUUAUCUUCCAAAGCCUCUCAUAGAGGAACUUCUUCCUCAUCUGACUGUUUGCCAACUGGAUGAACUCCAGCCUGCUCUAAAUCUCAAAGGAAUAUCAACUUACUCUGGAUGGAUUAGGAUCCUGGAAGACAUGUGUGGAUGUGCUGCUGACCGUACACCAGACUUUCUCACAGAAGAAGCAGCCAAACAUGAAGUGAUGAGAGCGCUUUUUACAGUUGUAUUCAACGGCUUCACAAACACCUUUGUGAACAGAAACAUCACAAAUCUAAACACCCCGUCCUUCCUGCAGGCUGCAGCUAAAUGCAUCAAACAUUUUUUACUCUUUACUGGCAUGCAUAAGCCUCUUCAGAGUUUAACAGCUGAGCAGAGGCCUCUUCUCAACCUCUUAGAGCAGUGUAUCAGGAGUGUUGGUGUAUCACAGUCUGCAGAUCUAUCAAAGAAGAAGACACAAACUGCGCUGUAUGUCCUCCAUCGUCUGCUGGAUCAUGGAGUGGCUAAAGAACUUGUGGUACAUGUGAAGUGUCCCCUUAUGCUAGCCUGGCUCCUACAUGGAAGAGGAUCUCAGUAUGUGAACCGCAAGUUGAAGAAACUGAUGCACAGCAAACGUGCAAACCGUGUUUCACAAGCUGUUUCAACCAGUGCAGACGAGGCCAGUUGCAGUCCAGGUCUUGAGACUUUGGACACGCAAGAUGAUGAAGCGACUCCAUGCAAACGUUUAAGGCUGGAUUCUGUGUGUGUGGAGGAGGCGGGAUCUGGAACAGACCUAACCGUGGACCCACAGGUUAUCUGUCGAGCCUUCACUCCCUGUGCUGGUCCUCCAGCAGAAGCUUGUCCAUGGGGAAAGAUUGAACAUCUGGAGAUCAGACAGUGUGGGUCUGACUCCCUCACAGUGCUGAACUCUGCCCUGCUCACCUUUUUCUGCCUUCGCUCUCUAACUCUUCACAGCACAUCCACCUUCAGUGUAUCAGAUGUGUUAGGUCUGGCUGGAGCCCUGAAGCAGCUGUCAGGAAGCUCUCACAGCUCCCUCACUGAUCUGAGUGUCAGCGUCCUGCCAAACAUCGAGCUCAUGGACGUUCUGCUGGACACAAACCACAGCUUGACCUCCCUCAGUGUGGAGUUCCAGACCGAUUUAUGGGAACAACGCCUUAGUCUACGUCCUCCACUGUUAGACAAGUCAGCAGAGCUGGCCCUGGAGAAGCUGACAGUCAAAGUAGCUCAGGUCCAAACAGAUGUGACCUUUAUUACAUCUGUGCUGAGACGCUGUCCACAUCUCACUUCGCUCCAUGUAGCUGGGAUGAGACUACCAACUGGCUCCUCCCAGAGUCAGCUCCUCACCACUCUGUCAGAGUCAAAUCCCUGCUUGAGGAGUCUCACUUUGGAGGAUCUGAACCUGUCUGAUUGUCUACCUGAGAUCAUACAUCUACUGAGAGGCUGCAAGUUGGAAGAGCUGCAGUUUAAUGACUGUCGCCUUCUUGAGAAAUGGUUUGACAAGCAGCAGAGUUUGCAGCAGUUGGUUUGUGCUCUAAAGACAGUGUCCACUCUCCACACACUCAGCAUGGCUCAGAAUCGACUAGCCAAGAGUGUGUGUGUGCUGGCUGAGCUGUUCUCAGGAUCCUCACCAAGCUCAGUCAAUCGCCUAGACAUCAGCUCUAACUUCAUCCAGGCAGCUGAGCUGCUGGACUUCUCCGAGGCAUUGAGGACACAUUGUCCACCACAGCGACUGACCCUGGAUCUCAGGAAGAACCCAGGAGACCGAGACCCCAACACAUGGAAUACUGCACUGAGGAGGCUCCGGCCACUCUGUGUUCUCCUGGUGGAAGGCUGGAAAUCCACAAACACCAUGGCAGACCACAUCAGCAACAUGUGAACGUCUGUUGGAGGAACUGUUUGUAAUUUUGUCUUUGACAGAGAAGUGUGAUACUUCAGUUUAGACUGUAACAAUAGAUUUGAAUGACCUCAAAGAAGUCCAAACUACAGCUGCAGCAGGAGCUAGUCUCCACUGUCCAUCUUCUGCUGUAUUCUUCUAAACAGUCAUAUUCUCAACUGUUUAUGGCUAAAUACACUGAACAACUUCCAUUCUGUGUGAAUUAUGACUUGAGAGCAACAUGGAAGCAGUGUGAGAGUGUUUAGUUAACACUAAGAGGACAUAUUAAGCUGUAUAAACUGCUUACUACUACUACUUACUAUCUGGAAUUUGUACAUUUAAAAA